CAAUUCAGAAGAUGAAGAUGCAUUUCGCAUUAUUCACCACAGUGGCCACUGCAGUUGUUUUGCUCACAGUAUCAACGAUAUAUAUAAAUGGUGAGGAAUGUAAAGAAUCAGAAUCAAAGAAAACUGCAGUACGUGUAGAGAGCUGCCCAAGAUCAUCUAGGGAAUGGGAAAAAGCGGCAGCAAGGAAAGGAUGCAAUACCAUCAAUCCUUCUACCUCUUGUCACUUUGAAUACCACUGCGUUAUAAAUGCUUGGAAGAAUGAAACAAUAGAAGUGUGUGCACCAGGAAAAGUUAUCGUUGGAAAGGUCUGUGCAGAAUACAGUUUUGGUGGGUCCAGAAUACAGCGCAACUAUGCCGCAAAAUGCCAUGGAUGCCCAGACUCUUAUAACUCUAACGAGAGCUUAAAGUAUUCUGAGUGCUACGAUUUAGUCUCAAAUGCACGUAAAACAAGCAGACCAGUAGUCACUACUACACCAUCUACUUUAGAGACCACUAUCACAACAGAUAGUAUAACACCAUUAGCACUUUCAAAUCAGAAACAGGUGUCAACGGAACAAGAACCAAAAUCUGAUCUGGAUAUCGAGAUAAUCAUCCCCAUCUGUAUUGGAAUUGCUGCUAUUAUAAUUUUUAUUCUGAUAUGUCUGGUACAACGUUCAAGGAAAAAAUGUUUCUUUAUAGAAGAUAUCUUGUCCAAGAGUUGCAGAUUUUGGAAGAGAGAAAAAAGAUCCAACCCUCAUGACAAUACAAAUAAAGAUACUGAAAACACACCAUUAAAGGAGGAAACUACAGAACAUUGCUUAGUUAAGAUAGAACUAUCAUCGGAAGAACAACAACUUGGUGAGACAUGCAAUGUCUGAUCCACAUGUUGUAUAUAUACACCUGUUAAUGAUAUAUAUAGAAUUGAUAAAAUGGCAGCUAAUAUUUUGUGUAUUGUAUUCAUUAACUAC